AGAGAGGCCUGUAGGCACAGCGGCGGAGGCUCUACCGCCUCCGAGUAGGGGCUCCUUCCUGGAUCGGAACCUGGGGACCGGUGCCCACCGACCUGCGCCCUGACCCUUCCCAGCGCCCGGGCCAACAAAAUGACCAUUAAGAAGUAGAAGCCCAGAUGCAAAGUGAUGAAACAGCCAAUUUGUCAUAAAGUAAAAUGCAGCUGUGGCUUUUCAACCAGAUUAGAACAAAAUUGUAUCUAUUUUUCUCAGAAGAGAAUUCCACAAGGGGAAUAGGGUGCAAUACAAGAUACUGUCAGGAAAAACUAUGAAUGACUUUGAAAUGGGCAAAAAAUGAGAAAACAGACAUGAGAGGAAUCUCGUUUAAAUUACAGUACAAGGAAUUUAGAUCAGACAAAGAGUUUCCAGAAAUUAAAGUACCAGAUAUUGAAGUGAUUUGUUAAGUCAUCAAACAAAGGAAACAUGGUAUUUUGAAGUAUGAUUAAACUUCUGAUGCUGCAGCAGAGGCUAAGAAUAUUAAUGGCCAGAUCUAGUGCUCACAUGGUCUUCUGAAAGAAGCCAUGGGUAGCUGUUGUAGCUGUCCAGGUAAAGACACUGUCCCAGAUAACCAUCGGAACAAGUUUAAGGUCAUUAAUGUGGAUGAUGAUGGGAAUGAGUUAGGUUCUGGCAUAAUGGAACUUACAGACACAGAACUGAUUUUAUACACUCGUAAACGUGACUCAGUAAAAUGGCACUACCUCUGCCUGCGACGCUAUGGCUAUGACUCAAAUCUCUUUUCUUUUGAAAGUGGUCGACGAUGUCAAACGGGACAAGGAAUCUUUGCCUUUAAGUGUGCCCGUGCAGAAGAGUUAUUUAACAUGUUGCAAGAGAUUAUGCAAAGUAAUAGUAUAAAUGUGGUGGAAGAGCCAGUUGUUGAAAGGAAUAAUCAUCAGACAGAAUUGGAAGUCCCUAGAACACCUCGAACACCUACAACUCCAGGGUUUGCUGCUCAGAACUUACCUAAUGGAUAUCCCCGAUAUCCCUCAUUUGGAGAUGCUUCAUCCCACCCUUCAAGCAGACAUCCUUCUGUGGGAAGUGCACGCCUGCCUUCAGUAGGUGAAGAAUCUACACAUCCUUUGCUUGUGGCUGAGGAACAGGUACAUACCUAUGUCAACACUACAGGUGUGCAAGAAGAGCGGAAAAAUUGCGCAAGUGUGCAUGUCCCAUUGGAGGCAAGGAUUUCUAAUGCUGAAAGCAACACUCCAAAAGAAGAACCUACUAGUAUUGAGGACAGGGACCCUCAGGUUCUUCUUGAACCUGAAGUAGUCAGAUUUGUCUUAGGACCAACUCCUGUUCAAAAGCAAUUAAUGGAAAAAGAGAAACUGGAGAAAAUUGGAAGAGAUCAAGUCAGUGGAGGUGGUGCAAAUAACACAGAGUGGGACACUGGAUAUGACAGUGAUGAACGAAGAGAUGCACCCUCUGUUAACAAACUGGUAUAUGAAAAUAUAAAUGGGUUAUCUAUCCCUAGUGCCUCAGGGGUCAGGAGAGGUCGUCUGACAUCCACCAGUACCUCAGAUACCCAGAAUAUCAACAACUCAGCCCAGAGAAGAACUGCACUAUUAAACUAUGAAAAUUUACCAUCUUUGCCUCCUGUUUGGGAAGCCCGCAAGCUAAGUAGGGAUGAAGAUGACAAUUUAGGACCAAAGACCCCAUCUCUAAAUGGCUACCAUAAUAAUCUAGAUCCAAUGCAUAACUAUGUAAAUACAGAGAAUGUAACAGUGCCAGCAAGUGCUCACAAAAUAGAAUAUUCAAGGCGUCGGGACUGUAUACCGACAGUCUUUAACUUUGAUAUCAGACGCCCAAGUUUAGAACACAGGCAGCUCAAUUACAUACAGGUUGACUUGGAAGGUGGCAGUGACUCCGACAACCCUCAGACUCCAAAAACGCCUACAACUCCUCUUCCGCAGACCCCGACCAGGCGCACAGAGCUGUAUGCUGUGAUAGACAUUGAGAAAACUGCUGCUAUGUCAAAUUUGCAGAAAGCACUACCACGAGAUGAUGGUACAUCUAGGAAAACUAGACACAAUAGUACUGAUCUGCCCAUGUGAGCCUGGAAAGCAUUACAUUGUUUGCACCUUUGUGAAUUUUUUUAAAAAUGAAGAUGCAAGUGCUUCAUUUUCUUUUCUAAACACUAACUCCUUUUAUAGACUGAUAAAAACAUUUUUUUAAUAUUUCAUGUGCUUCUUUAAAGGGAAUUAAUGUAGAGCAGGUACUCAUUAAAAACACUAAUUUCAUUAUACACUACUCAUUACUGUACAGCAGCACUCCCAUUUUCACAGUGCCUAUUUAAAAUGAGAGUUGAAGUGAGUGACAUGCUGGUUGAUUUUUAUCAAUAUUCUGGACUUAUGCAUAUCAUUCAUGCCUAAGUCAUGGUUGGCAUUUAAAACGUUUUAUAAAGCCUCUUGAUAAUGUACAUUGCUAACAGAUAAACUCUAGGCUUUGAAAGUAAUAUUUGUAGAUUCACUGUUCAUGGUAUGUGGCAUCUAGCAUGUAACAUGAGGAAUACUUUAUUUCAUUAUUUGUAGGCUUUUUGACUUGAGCCAAACCAUAUGUAAAGGAAAUAGAAGUACCACACUCCUUAUAUACCAGUCAGUUCCUUUGCCUUCAGCUUAAUAGAAAGUCCUGUGUUUGUGAAUAUGGUUGCUGUUGGUGUGUUGAAAGGCAGGAAGAAGACAAGAUUUUCUGUUUCUUCAUCUCAUGUUGUUAUUGGAAGAGCGUGCCCAGAUGUCUGAAUCAGAAUUACAACGGGCUCAAGAAUUGGUCUCAGGUCACUUUACCCCAGAACAUUUGAAAAUCUGAACCAUGAUCUCUCGAAAGAGUCUCGCCUAUGGAUUAUUGACGAUCACAUCGUUUAUGGAGGCAUGUGUGCCGUUAGAUUGCCAUUUACCUUCAGUUUUUUCCUUUGGUGUUUGGGAUGUCUCAUUUUUUUGCUGACUGUAUUUUCCAAUUUAAAAUGUUUGAGUUUGUAUAUAGUUUUAAAAUUGGAUUAUGUGUUUAUUGUGUAGUGGCAUUUUUGUCAAAUUGUGGUUUUGAAGGUUCAUUUGGAACUUACUGUUAUUCUAUAACAGGGUUGCCCUUGUCCAGUAUUUAUUUAUAUGCUGUUUACUUUUCAAGUUGAUAAAAACAUUCUCUCAGUUUUAAAUUUUACUUGUGUCCAUAGGUGAUCUCUUUAGCAGCUGAGGGAAAAAAAAAGGAAGCUAUUUUUAACAUACAGAGUUCCCUAAAGGUACUGUGUCUUCUCUGUGGGCACCCUCCCCAGCACUUUAGCAGUGAUUCCCUCAAGUCACAUGGCUGCGAUUGUACUUUGCCCACUGUAGUGCUCCUCAGCUCUGCUGUCCUUUCACUCAUAGAUGGAUCUUUGAUUACCCCUGAUGUCAAUGGAAUGUUAAGAUUAUUGCCAGCAUAGCAGGUACAGUGGAAGUCUUGUAGCAAUGAGAUUAGGUCAUAAUUUAGGAUUUAAAAUGAAUUGAAGCUUGUGUAUACUGACAAGAGGUCAUAUGUCCAGCUCUUGGAAAAUCAAGAAUGUUCCAGUUUCCUAAACAUUAGAGAAGACAAGAGAAGGUAGAGUGAAAAGAAGGUUAGGUAACCUUGCAAAAUAUUUUACCGUUUUCUCUAAAUUUGAGGAAAUUUGAGAUUAUGAUCUGGAUCUACCAGAUGUAACAAGGUUAAGUUAGCAUGAAAGUUUCAGUCGUAUAGCAUCCAACCUGUUCAAUAAAUAACCAAUUAUAGGACAGUGAAUGGAGUAGCAUAAUAAUAGAAUGGGACCAUUAUAAAGAAAAUAAAUUAUUAAAGGUGUCUAUUAUUUUCAGUGCCAUUGGUUUAUGUGCAUAGCAGAAUUUCUUUUUUUUGUGAACUUGGUGCUUAUUAAAGUGUUCACUGCUUUCUAGAGAGAGAGCAGUGGUGUAGGUGUGCAGUUUCCAUUUUUAAUAUAUUGUUGCAUUUAUGUUUUCUUCUGAGUAGAUUGCUAAUCGUGCCAAAUUUAUGUGAUUUUUGUAAUGUGGAAUAUGAAUUGUGAUGGAAUUAGUACACAUGGUUUUAUCUGAAAUAAGCAGUCAAGACAGAACAUUAACCUCCAAAUAGAAGGGCUGACCUAUUUAUUCAUUUUGGAGGUUGGAUACUUUAUUUUCUUUUUCUAAUUCUUUGUACCUUUCCUUCCAGAUUCUAAUUAGUUUUUAUAUUUUUUACGUAACUCCAAUAUAAUCACUGCAGUUUAUGCUUUAAAUACUGUAUGCUUUAAAAACAGAAAUGGGACCAAUUUGUCUGCUAAGAAUUUGAUUUUAGGUACUAUGAAUAUUAGGAAGAUGUAUACAUACAAGUGGUGUUAAUUUCUAGAUGUCUCUGGAAAUCACCUGUGAUCCUAUUUAAUAAAAAGUAAUGUAGAACACUCCUUGUCCUUUGCAGUAGUCUAGUCGUGGGCAUUAAGCUCCAUCCUGGAAGAAUGUACCUAUUAGCAGGUGCAUUUUAGAAUGCGAUAUUUUAUUGGGAUACAAUUGUGGCCAUAUGUUUCAGAUUUUCUGAGGCAGACCUGAUUUUAGAUACUCUGUUCUGUUGAUAGACCAUGUGAUCCCACUUUUCAGUUUUGGAACUCUAAUCAUUGUUAAUAUAUUUUCCCAAACAGAAUCCCCUUUUAUCCAUAUAGAUCAAAACUGCUUUUAUCCCAGACCAGGGGUGGAAACUGAUAUGGGUAUUGACUCUGUUUUUCUUCUUAGUGUGUUUUAUAUCCCACUUUCAUCUUCUUUUAAAACUGAAAAUAUGGUGCCUUUUCUCCCUCCAGGAAGAUUGGCAAAUAGUUCCUUUUAUUUACUGCUGCUGUGGAGUGAUGAGAUAUGCACUUUACUCUUGAAGACUCAGCAAAAAGCUUUUCACUUCCCAGUAUAUCCAGAAUAGAUCACAUUUGGGACUUACAAAAAUUUGCCAAGCAAUCUUUGUUUUUAUAGAUAUUGAUGUUGACCCCACAGUUCAAUGUUAUAUGUCAAGCUAGUGUUUAUCAGCCCCCCAAAGGAAUCAGUGGCACAACAUAUAAAAAUGUACCUCAGUGAUGUUCUAUUAAAAAUGGGACAAGGGCCUUAUGUUUUCAUAAUUUCCCAAUAAUGUGCCACCAUAUUUUUGCCUCAAGGUAAAAGUUUUAACAAGCUAAAAAGUACUUCCCACUUUCUCCUGUGCUGUUCCUAACCCAUAAUGCCCAAGUGUUCUGUGCAAUGUGUAGUGUGUGUGUAUGUGUAAAUAUAUAUGUAUAUAAAUAUAUAUACAUAUAUAUCCUUGAAAUAGACAUGCCAUCGGAGACAACAUUCAGAAGUAACUGGUGUAUUGGCAUCUCAUUCAUAUUUCUGAUAUGUGAGGUAUAUGGUACUAAUUACCUUUUCCCUGAUGUUUGCCAAAUUUGAAUAAAGGCAUUGGUACG